CCUGUUCCACCCACAUUCUCGUGUCGCUUCCGGGUGGCCACACAAGACUCCUCCAGCAGCGAGCCGUCGAUCUACUGAAGGCUGUAAACAAAAGUUACUAAACGGUUACCUCCAACGACACUUCCAACUGAAAGACAUGCAUAUCAAAACCGGUAAGUGUUUUCAGCUUGUGGACGGGUCUGACUCGAAUAAAUGCGGUUGUAAAGACGCGGUUUGAAAGAGUCCUGGCUGUUUUAGCCGCCGUGCUAACUGCUGAAUGAGGGUUACGAAACUUUGACUGAGGCGAACAUGCGAGCCUGAUCUGAAUCCAUCAAACGGGGGCGAAUAAAGCGUGUCCUCGACGGCUACUCUCACGUGUCAGACACAGAGGAAGUUUGGAUCGUUAAAUUUGAGUUUAAUUGGGAUAAAAAACAGCCUGUUAGAGUAAAGUGAGCUAACACCGGUGCGGGCUCACAGACACACACACAGACAGGGGUGGCUGUCCGAUUAGCUAACAGUUCAGGACCGGGAUCAGUACAACAAGGUUUAUCCUGUAAAUCUAGACACGAAGAAAGAAGACUCUGUGUGUUCUCGAAGUUUCAGUCAGUUUGAGUCUCCGGGUUUGUGGUCGAUCUGUCUGAACCGGGUUUUUUUUUUAAAUGUGGCGCUUAGGCGGGCUCCUCAGGCCGGGUCUGCUCCUCUCACAUGGGUUUACUACCCUACCCCCCCUUCAAUCAGAGACACCUGUAAAACCCAGGUGCGGUUUCACUCGAGCUCAUUAUCGACUCAAAGUAAGCUUCAUUGGGCCUCGGCGAUUUGGCAAAAAAAAAAAUCACUAUAUAUUUAAUCAUAUCAUCCGAUCUCGAUUAUUAUCGCGAUUUUUUAAAAACUGCCAGUUUUAAAGCAUCUGUACUAGAAACUUGAGAUUAGUUCAACAUUUUAUUGUCACGCAAAGUAAAUAACACAGAAUAGGACACUUACAAAAGUAUAAAAACAUUUUAACUCAACAGUUCAACAAAUAUAGAUAAAUACAAAAUAAUACAGCGAACUAGUUUACAGUAGAGGAUGAAAUUUUUCGGGAAUCCCACGGGAUGGGAGUCAUUUUUUAAUUAAUCCCGUGAUAGGGACGGAAAAAAGCAACGAGAGCGGGAACAACAUUAAUAGAUGAUCAUUUUCAGCCGUGUUAAUCAACCAGAUGAACAGAUGCGUCCAUCUUUGUAGUCAUCUCUCAGUGAGAGCCAACACUCUUGACCGUACUAGCGACACAAAAGGACUACAACAGUGGUUUGACUUCCUGUCACCACCAGAAGUGAAAAGCGACUCGGAGCGGCUGCCUGCGACACGCAUAUUGGCAGCCACCAGUCGCUCUGACUUAUUUUAGUGCAGUUUAACAUGCAUAUUAUGCACAGCAACUUUUGGUUUUAUUCAAACGGGAGCGGGACAGGAGUGGGAGCGGGAUGGGAGUGGGAGUCAUUCUACGGGAGUGGGACAGGACAGGAUUAAUUUUUUCACUCCGGUCUGGGGUUGGGUCAGGACGGUAUUUUUUCUCUGGGAGUGGGACGGGACAGGAGUGAAAAUCUGCUCCCGUGUCAUGCUCUAGUUUUCAGUCCUGAGUGUUUGAGCUGUAGACUGUAUAUAGAGUGGACAGAGUCUGCCUCCUCGCUGGGUGAAGCCACUCUGAGAACAGCACCCUCUGUUGAUGGGCUGCAGUAUAGGUCAUAAAUCCCGCCUCCUCCAGCAAAGCUUAUGGAGCUGUGGACAAAGUUUAAAAAUGUAUUACACAGAACAUGAAAUUUUCUCCCCUCUGGUUGUGAUGUUGAUAUGUAGUUACUGUAAGACUGGUUUGUGCUCAAGUCCUCUUUUUUCUAUGAAGCUCCGUUUUUAAAAGUUAUUAGGGGGUUCAUAAUUUCUAUGAUUGACACCUGAUACAGCCUAUUGGCGGACAAAGAUUGUGUAGCUUACCUGGGGGAUAUGCUGUUUGAGCCGAGCGUCAUCACAGCGACUCUCUGCAACUCGCCGGAUGCGUAGAAUUCUACUGCGCAGCGCUGGUUUCAGGAAAUGAAGAAAAGUCCCAGAACUAUCGAGAGCUUUUUGGCUUCAGAUCCGUAUACUGGCGGGAGGCGGAACCAAGUUGUCCAUAGUAUAUACAGUCUAUGGGCUAAACUGCACAUGCUACUCGUGCGUCAAGGAUGGUAUCUUUGGAGGAUGACCAUAAUACUAAGUUAGAAACCCCCUCGAGAGAUGAAUGUUGCCGACCGCUUGCUUCUCUAGUUAUACCAACUUAACCACCGCAGGAUAGUAAUACAGAGAGACACGCCCUCAACCAAAACGCCACUCUGUAGCCACAAAUAAUGCUCAGAACAGCACCUAACUUCAUCAACAGUACAUAUAGGGUCCCAGCCACUGUACUAGCCACCAACCAUGUUUAUAACUUUGCCUGAUUUCUUUAGCAAAGAGACUAAACACAACUCGCCCACCUACCUCCAGCAGCGCUUGUUCAUAGUUAGACCUCAGGACAGUCCAUUACAGACUGCUGCGGGGUGACGCAGCUCAAGGAAGAACAUUUAUGAUCCUUUCUUCAUUAUUUCCUUGUAGUAAUUAUCAUCAUAUGAAUCACUUUGCACUGCAGACGCAGUAGUCCUUCUGCCUUAGCGUCUCGGUCUGACUGCAUUUCCAUGAAGAUGAUGAAGUUAGGUGCUGUUCUGAGCAUUAUUAGUGGCUAUAGAGUGGCGUUUUGGUUGAGGUUUGUUUAUGGCUCCUCAGACCGCUGUGUAUUGCUAUCCUGCGGUCGUUACUAAAGUUGGUAUAACUAGAGAAGCAAGCGGUCGGCAACAUUCAUCUCUCGAGGGGGUGUCUAACUCUGUGUCAUUGUGUGUUUGACCCUAAAUUAAUUUUACGCCGGAAUAUCCCUUUAACUCUCCUGUUUACCUCCAGAGUUCCCUCAUGAAGCCCUCAUGAUAGGGUUCCCUCAGUUUUAUUAUCAUCAUUAUUGUUAUUCUUACAGCUCUUGUUUAGCUGCGUUAUUGAUCGAGAAGUGUGGCUUUUGUAUGAAUUUCCUUUUUUCAUGUACAGAUUUUGGUGUCGCAUUAUUGUUGUAUGAAAAGUGCCUUAUGGAUUCAGUCUGAUUGAUCGAUUGACAAUAUUUAACAGUUAUCUUUAGGUUUGUAUGAUCGUAUCAAGUUUCCAGUAGAUUAACUUGAGCAACAAUAGUGCAGAAUAAUCCAUAGAUGAAGUUUAACUUUGGACAAUGUCAGCCUGCAGCUACUCAGUAUUUGUAUUAGUCAUGUACUCGUGGAUAUAAUCAAAAGGCUCUGGGGCUGUGAGUCAAGGGUUUUCAUGCAUCAUAUAGAUUUUUGUUGGAUGAUCAGACAGAUAUCAGUCAAGAACAGUUCAGUUUCAUUAUGUUGGAAAUGUCAUGUGUGAGGCGGUUUCACUGGGACAUUUUGUUCAGUUGUUCAAAUAUGACUCACCGUAGUCAAAAACAUGCCAUAAAACAUGGAGAAAUUCAAAGGUAGAUGAAUAGAAGUCUACCAAAGUGAAUAUCAACAUCAGCUUUCCCCAUUAAAAACACACCUUUCCUGUCAUUUAUUAACAGCAAGUCAAACCUCCAGGCUGUUAAAAAACUAGAGUGAGUCGAGCUCUAGUUCUUAUUAUUUGACCAACCUCACAGUUCACACACUCAUCUGACUUUGCAGGAUACACAGCUGUUCGUUUUUAACCCACUCCAUGUGACGUUUCACUCCAGCCGCUCCACCCUUUUGACUCGCUACCAGGUCAUGCUGUUCUUUUCUGCACAACUUGUCAAAUAGUGAAGUCUACCGGCACAGUGAAGUCACAUGAAAAUGUGUCACCCAGCCCUGAUGUCUGUUUACGUGAAAGUGCAAAGAUCUGUAAUGGAUCGGUGCCAAGUGGAGAGUGUAAUAGCAAAUACUCGUGAGGCAAGACGCUUAAGCAAGGUUUGGUUUAUUCAGAGCGUGAUGAAAAUGUUGAGCUUUACUCUUCAGUUUCACUUGUAGACUGGUUCUGGUUCUUCAUUACACUGUAUGGACCUUCGAACCGGCCAUGACAUCGACCUCUGACAGGUGAAUCUUUCUGCACAGUUGUACCUAAUGUUGGGCGGUAUGAGUAAAAUCGUAUGUCACGGUAACAGUGUAUACCAUGGUAUGUUUUUUUCCCCCUGUAAAUGCAAUUAAUAGCUUAAAAAUAACCAUACUGUUGCAUUUGUUCAUCUUUCUUUUAUUUUUAAACUUAGAUUUGUAAACAAAUCCAAACAAAAUGUCAGACCAGUCUGGCGCUUGUUUUUAUCAUACGGCGUACCUUUGGUGAAAGACUCUGCCAAGCUCUUUUGUUAUGAGAGGAGCUUCGGCAGCUUUAGUUUUUGGUGCGGCAGGUGCGCCACGAAUCUAGAGCUUGGCGUGUUUCAUCUUUAGGUGGUGGAAGAGGAUGUUGGUGUUUCCUCCUCCAGCAACGACCGUCACAUGACACUCUUCUUAUAGUUUUGUUUUUUGAUCAUUGUCGGGUAUUCUAAGUCUGAAGAAUCUCCGGACAACCGAUGUUGUGACUCCCGCCCGUAUUUGGAAAGAGGUCCUCCUCCUCUUCCUCAUGUUGGCUGGGUCGGGCUGCCUCCGUUUGCUCGGUAUUGCCACCAAUCUCUACGUCCGCCAUGACCACCACCACUGAAGCUGUUUCUUCUUCGUCAAAACUAUGCCAAGGAGUCUGCUGGACACGCCGGUGAACAUAGAGAGCGCACCCAAACCUGACCAAUCAAACGAAGCGAACAAACUCCGCACGACACGCUAAUGAGUAUACAGAAACACGCCCAAACAGAUGCGCUCGGGCUUUCCUGUUAGCGAGCACAUCCUCUCUCUGCCCCUCUCUCAGCAAGUGGACGUUUCAUCCUCAAAGUUUAUGAGGCAAAAGCAUCAAAAAAAGGCAGGUGUAAGGAUGUAAAGCAGUGGUUCUAAACUAGUGGGUCCUGGCCCAAAGGUGGGUCGCGGACACGUUCUGUGUGGGUCACAAACAGGUGGCCAAAAAAGUAAAUAUUUGAUGGGAUAUUUAUUAGACAUUUUUUCUGUAUAUGCAACUUCAGUCGUUGUCGUCCUCAUGUUGUCCCCUUCAUGUGCUCUGAAAUGCACUUUACUAAAUGAAACAAGUGGAUUUACGUUAAAGAUUUGAGUCUUUUAAAAGUUUUUUUGUUAAUAUAAAAAAUAAUUUUGUUGGUUUGAAUACUAUAAAAGCAGGUUGCUACUUAUGGACCGCGGGAAAAUGUGGGUCCCAGAUUGAGACCAGUUGAGAACCACUGAUGUAAAGAACUCUGACUAGAAGCUGGAAAACUUGUCCGAGUAUCUCCAAAAGAGCCCCUCUUGUUGGUUUUUCCCAGACUGCAUCAGUCAGUACCGACCAGUUCUCGUCCAAAGAAGGAAAACAGGACAAACUUGUUGUUUUAUUGUCUUUGCACUGUUUUGAAUUAAAAUGAUUUGCACACCAUCGAAUUCUUUUUUUCUUCAAGUUUGUAGUUCAUCUCAUCAAACCUCAUAAAUCUGUCAGCAGCUGAUAUUUGACCAACAUGUCGCCACCUCUCUCUCAGGUUCAUGGGAAGCCAGCAACACUGUGUGUGAGUCCGAUACCCUCUGUGAUCCAGCAGUCCUCGUUUCAGCCGCCAACUCUGAACCCCACAUUCGCAACCGACGCCUGUCUCCUGGCUCAGGUAACUGUGGUGGAGGAGGAGGUGGAGGCUGUAUCUCUGGAGGCGACAAGCAGCCCCGUCAGCUCUCACCUGAAGGCGACCUCAUCACAGUGAGCCACGCACACACCUUCAGUUACCGCAGGGAAAAAGAACGCAAGGGCCAGCAGCACAAGGGGCGUAGCCUCCGCAGGGAGAGCCAGAAGGGGCUCAGCCGUCCACAGAAGGUCAACCCAAAGGAGAGGUGGGUGGAGGACAGUCUGUCUCUGCUCAAGCCCCCACCUGCCUUCCCAGUGCAGGACAGCCCCGCCAAGCUGCAGCCUGCAGUCAGCUACGCCUCCAAGGUGAAGGCCGGGGCGGCGACCGGAGCGCUGGAGGAAGACCGCCCCGCCAUCGGCGUUCUGCUUCAGAACCAGUGGGGUCUCAGUUUUAUCAGUGAGGCCCGGCCGGCCUCAGAGGGCGCCAGCACUGCCCCCGCCGCCAACGCUCUCCCUCCCCAACCCACAGACGCCCAGCCAACGCCAGAAGACACAGUCCUCACCUUCCAGCGUUCAGAAGAAACGCCUAUUCCCAUCCCUACGUCCAUCAGUCCCGCCACACGCCCGGAUGUGGACGAGAACAACGGGAAGCUGCUGCUUAGUUGUCGCCAUCUAGUGGAAGCUUUGAACUAUCACAGUAGAGGUGAGAGAAAACCCGAAAUCCUGAAGACCACCGAAUGUCUUUGUGUUGAUCUAAAACGACGUGAACACAACAAAUCUGAACGACCCUGACUGUUUCUUUCUCUCUCCACAGAAUGGAACGUAAUCUGUAACAGACAGAAGAAAGGUCAGUCCACACCAUGAACCAGUCUGUGUUUUAAUCAUGACAGAUUAGCCGAAUAUCCCAAUCAGCCAAAAAAGGGUCAAAUAUCAUCUAUCCCGUUAUGGUUGAUCUUAUUUGGGAUGAGAGUGAAGGCGAAGGCUUGAAAUUCAGACCUCGUUUUUCUGACUUGUAGAAAAACAAUCUGAGAGAACCACAGCUACUGAUAGUUUAUCUCACUGCAUACCUCGCCUGCGAAGAGAAAGAUCAUGUUGAAUACCUCUAACAUUUUUUUUAUUCCAAGUUUGGUUCAUGACGAGCACAGUGACCAACUUUAAAACUCAAACAUGGGGUUUAAAAUCUGCUGAUUUUGUAGAUUUUAAAGAAAGAUAUAUAGAAAUGUAUUUAAUCAAAUCUGGGGGGGGGUUCCAGGAAUAUGUGACGUGAGUUUGUAUAUCUAAAUAAAACAAGUGCAAAUGCAGUUAAGAUCAGCAUGGUUAGUUUGUAAUUGCAGUAAAACCCCCUGGAAAGGAAAACGUCCCAAAAAAAAAAACGGUGUUCAGAAACAUUGAGUUUUUGUGCAGAUGUGUAGUUCUUUCUAGGACCAGAUAAUGUCACAACCCUGUCAGUUAUCCGUAUGGAGCCGAGAUGUUUGUAGAGACACAGACGGACUCCUCUGGGAUAUUCCGGCGUAAAAUUAAUUUAGGGUCAAACACACCGUAACACUGAGUUAGACACCCCCUGGAGAGAUGAAUGUUGCCGACCGCUUGCUUCUCUAGUUAUACCAACUUUAGUAACGACCGCAGGAAAGCAAUACAGAGCGGUCUGAGCCACAAAUAAUGCUCAGAACAGCACCUAACUUCAUCAACAGUACAUAUAGGGUCACAGACAUAGUACUAGACACCAAACAUCUUUUUAACUUUGACUAAUUUCUUUAGCAAAGAGACUAAACACAACUCACCCACCUUCCUCCAGCAGCGCUUGUUUGUAGUUCAUCGACUACAGCGGGGUGACGCAGCUCAAGGAAGAACAUUUAUGAUCAUUUCUUCAUGGAAAUACAAUCAGACCGAGACGCUAAGGCAGAAGAACUACAGCGUCUGCAGUGCAAAAUGAUCAAUAUGAUGAUUAUUACUUCAAGGAAAUGAUAAAGAAAUGAUCAUAAAUGUUCUUCCUUGAGCUGCGGCACCCCACUGUAGUCUGUAAUGGACUGGCCUGAGGUCUCGCUACAAACAAGCGGCCGCUGGAAGAGAGUAGGUGAUUUGUGUUUAGUCUCUUUGCUAAAGAAAUGAGGCAAAGCUAAAACGAUGUUUGGUGUCUAGUACUAUGUCUGUGACCCUAUAUGUCCUGCUGAUGAAGUUAGGUGCUGUUCUGAGCAUUAUUUGUGGCUAUAGAGUGGCGUUUUGGUUGAGCGAGUGGCUCUCUGAAUCCCUAUCAUGCGGUCGUUACUAAAGUUGGUAUAACUAGAGAAGCAAGCGGUCGGCAACAUUCAUCUCUCGAAGGGGUGUCUAACUCAGUGUUACAGUGUGUUUGACCCUAAAUUAAUUUUACACCGGAAUAUCCCUUUAAACUGAGGAGUCUUUCCACAAAGUGUCUUAACAUGAAAGUCUAGUAUUUAGGUGAGUCUAAGGUUGUGAAGAAGGAGACUCUGGGGUGUUUAUUUGGCUCGUAUUGUUUUAUUCAAUCUUUUUCAUUCAUACAUCCUCAUCUUUUUUUCUUGUUUGUUUUUUCUUUGCAGUUCCCAAAAAGGUGAUCUGGUACAAGGACACCCAGGAGCACCCAGCCUAGCAGUGUGAGACACCCAAAGCAUAGAAAAACAGACACAACACACACACAAACAAACACACAACUACAUGCACAUAAAAACACAUAAGGAUGGGCAAACUUUGUGUCCUUCUCUCUCACACACACACACACAAACACACACACACUGCACUCAGGAUGAUGUCUUCACGCAAAGCCACACUGAGACACUUUUGGACUAACUCCUUUGAGAUCUUACAGCAAUGGACUUUUUUAACGCCUUACAGAAAGCCUGCCUUAAUUAAUCAACCCUGUCUCCAUCGCCUCUCAUUUCCAUUUUAGCUUGUAUGUGUAGAGCUGGUCUUCUGUUCCUUUUUUAAAAAGAAAAAACAAUCUCCGAGGAGCUGUCGAUUAAUUUCCCCCCCCUCUGCUGCAGUUUUAUCAAACUUCUUUUUUUGUGUCCUCUGUAAAGCGAGCGGUCAAUCAAGCACUUUGUCUAAAAAGAAAAAGAAAACGAAUCUGUUGUGACCAAUCCUUCUGUGCAAGAAACCCUCACCAGAGCGAUCGUUUUUUUUCUCCCCCUCCUUCCUUGAUUGGACACAGAGGAACGUCUGUCUUAUACCUGCUUGAGUUUUUAUGGUUUAUGAAUGCAAAGGACAUGCGUGUGUAUCCAUGUCUUGAGUUUACAGAGGGGUGUAGUCAAAGGCACAGUAGAGUUCACCCUCAAUCCACCCCUGUCAGAUCUUAAUGCUGUGUUCCUUUUUCUUUGUUUUUAUUCGGUUCCCUAAUCGGGUGAAUGUUACUCAUGAGUCCAUAAGGGAUCUGACCAUGUUCAGUAUGAUGAUGAUGAUGAUGAUUUUUUUGAAAAGAAACUUUAUUGAAUUAAAAAAUUACACUGGAGAAAGAGGAGGAAUGUAAGUGAACAGUAUUGCUUAAUAAAAACGAAUAAACUUGGUGAGUUGUUAUAGA